AUGUUCCCACGGUCAACUUAUAUAAGCAAAAGUGCGGUCAACCACAAGUCUUUUCCUAUCUUUUCCUUCCUUUCCCUCCUCCUCAUUCUCCUUCUAGUCAAUAAUUUUCGCAUUUUUGAGUAUUUGCUCCUUCUUCCUUCCCUCCUCCUCCUCCUCCUACUCAAUCAUUUUUACAUUUUUGACCAUUUGCUCCUCAUUUUCGCACUUUUGAGUAUUUGCUGCUCCUCCUUCUUCCCUCCCUCCUCCUCCUCCUCCUCCUACUAUAGGCUCAUCCUCUCCAAUUUUCGCAUUUUGGCUAUUUAUAGCCUUCUGCCCUUCUCCUCCUCCUCCUCUCUUAAUUUUCGCAUUUUUGCCUCUUUUGUAGUUAGUAGUUUACACCUGUUGUAGUAAUUACUUGAAAUAUUACUUGAAUUUUCGC